CAAUUCUCAGUACGUCAUACCUACAUCGAUUCCUUGUUUCCGACUCGUUUGCACACAGAUCUCCAAGGCCUAGUAUGCACAUAAGAAGUAGAUUAAUGGGCUUUAUUUGACUUUUAAAAAAUUACCAAAAAUAUUAAGUACUUCCAGUUCAUUUAUAAAACUUGUGGAAUUUGUAUUUGGUGUAAUACUUACUGAAAUGGAAAACUUAAAGUAUAGAAGAGGAGCUAAAAUCGUGGCUAUUGUAGAUUUGAUAAUAACGUGCGUUAUGUUGUGGGCUGUAGCAAUGCUAUUUUUCCUCAUUAUUGGCAUAUUCACGGCAGCACCAAAUCAAGCAAAACCUUCAGAAAAUAAGGACUUCAACGACAUAGAGGAAGACUUUGAGGGUGCGAAUGACAGGAAAACCUUCAUUUUCAUUGCUACUCUGGCAGUUGUCUCCUUCAUAAUUUUCUUGGUCCUGGAGAUUCUUGAGCUUGUCGCUGCCAUUAAACUUUUGAAUUCGACACAACUGGGAAUAGACUUUGCAGAUGCAGCAAAAAAAGCCAGAUUUUGGCGAAAUGUGACGAUAGUUUUUGUGGUUUUUGGCCUCCUUGGUUCGAUGGCUCGAGGAAGAAGAGGAAUGUCCCUUCAAGCACUUGCUGUACUCAUCCUCAGAAUCGUCGGAAUUUUUAUCGUUCACAACUUUAUAAAGCAGUUGGAUUUUGCUGCAACACUUCCAAGAACGCACGUGGUGUACAGCUCGGCGCCCGGUGGCGAAACUCUUGCGCCGGGUACCGUGGUUCUAACAAUGCACCCUACACAGCAACAAUCCGGCUUCUACCCCAGUUUAGCCCCUGUCUCACAAAACUUGUAUCCUGACCCCCCAAAAUAUGCUGAUGUCGUUGAAAAGCGUUAAUCGCAGAGAUGAUAAAAAUGCUACAUAAUAUUUUUGUGUGUCACAUAUUACUUUAUGCUUUAAUGAACUACGUAGGACUGUGAAUGAGGUGUACUAACUACUUCACAUAGAAUAUUACCUCAUGAGUAUCGCUUAGACAAGAAAGUCCAACUGAUGCCCAUUUUCAAUCUCUUACAAAUAAUCAUAUAUUUUAUGAUGUAAUAAAAUAAUAAGGCAUAUUGGCAAUUCAAAAAUACAUAGUACAUAUGAAACGUAUGGUUUCUUUCUGUACCUACCAUAUUAAAGGACUGGAAUAAUUUUACGUAGGCAAAUAUACAGAUACAAUCUAUUACCUAUCCCGUUUCGUUAUAUUCUAAUUCAUUGUUAGAUUAUUAAACUGCAUAGAUAUCAAUAAAAUUAAUUAAAGAUCAA